UUUACAGGACGAGCUCCGCCUGAGUUCCGCUGCUUCAACGUCAGCGCGCCGGGUGCGGACUUCGCUGCGUUGCUGAAGGCGGAAGAUGCUUCUCCUCGCUGCCUUUGUAAUCUCGGCCCUGUGGAUAUUGGUGUUGCUCUGGUAUGAUAUCUACAGAAAGUCACAGGGCCAGAAGAGACCUUUCUUCGGCCUUUUGCACCAUUACCUGUUUCAGAGGUGUGCAAGCCUCCUAAGCCUUUGGCAGAGGCGAGGACUUGAAUUCAGCACUGAAGAUGUUCAACGAGUACAGCAGCGUGUUCUGCUGCACAGGAUCCGCAGGAACAGAAACACUGAGUAUGGGAAAUUGUACCGAUUCUCCGAAGUUACAGACCGUGAUUCGUUCUGCAGCCUUCAUCCCCUAACGCAAUAUGGUCACUACAAAGAUUACAUCUGGAGAAUUGGUAAAGGAGAGGAAAAUGUAUUGAUUUCAGAGAGACCGAGUGUCCUCUGUGUGACGUCAGGAACCUCGGGUUCUACCACUAUUUUACUGUGUGUUAAGGCGGCAACUAAUGACUUCCAUCAGGGCCUUGGUGCAUGCUUUAAUGCAAAGAUUAAUGCCUACCCACAGACCAGAAAUCUACAGAGAACUGCAAAGUUUUUCUACCCUCCCGUUUGGAGAAAAUCAGAAUCAGGUAUUCUAGUUGGCCCCAACUGUGUCUCCCCCAUGCCUUCCAAACACACAUUGAGUUCAUAUUCAACACCAGUGGCCGGAUAUGAAAUAGCAACUGCAGCUGAGGCACAGUAUAUUCAUCUCCUUUUUGCUCUCAAAGAUAGAACCUUGGGAAUCCUGGAGGCGAGCUUUGCUUCCAUAAUUUAUCACGCUUUUACUUUUCUGCAGCAUCAGUGGGAGCAAUUGGUUGAGGACAUUAGAUUGGGACGAAUAAAUCCCGAGCUGACUGUUGCUGAUGACAUUCGCCUGAAGUUAAAUGCUCAGUUAAAGCCUGAUCCUCGAAGAGCCUCGGAACUGGCCGUAGAGUUUGUGAGCGGAUUUAGUGGAAUUGCUCGCAGAGUGUGGCCCCACCUCAACUUGGUUCUUGCUGUGGAUUCUGGUGCAAACGAACUGUAUGGUGAUCACCUGAAACGAUUCUACUGUGAAGGUGUUCCUACUUAUUCUUCUAUUUAUGCAGCCACUGAAGGUCUCAUUGGAGUGAAUCUGUGGCCAGAACAGAGAGAACGACAUUACCUUCUAUGUCCACAAUCAAUGUUUUAUGAAUUUAUUCCUGUCAACCUCUGUGAAGAAGAGCAACCACAAACACUGUUUAUGGAUGAAGUAAAGGAAAAUGAGUUAUAUGAACUGGUUGUCACCAAUGCAUCUGGUUUAUACAGAUACCGGAUAGGGGAUGUUGUAAAGGUGGUGGCUUUUCACAAUCAGAGCCCGGUGGUUGAAUUUAAAUACAGAAAAGGCCAGAUGUUAAAUGUUAGAGGAGAGAAAAUUACAGAGGAGGCCUUCUACCAAACGUUACUGCGUGCUAUGAAGCUGUGGCCUGGAGCAGUGCUCCUCGAUUACUGCUGCGUAGAGAGUGGCCUUUUGGGACCAUUUUGUGGUGGCUCAGAUCCUCAUUAUGAGGUUUUUGUGGAGAUAGAAGGAGUCAGAAACUUGUCAGAGGAUCAGCGUUACAAGUUGGAUCAGUGCCUUCAAGAAGAUUCAGUGGUAUAUCAGUCAUUUCGACGCAAGGGCAGCAUUGGCCCAGUGAGAGUUCACAUUGUAGCAACGGGCAGCUUCAAGGAGCUAACAGAUUUCAUCAUUGCAAAUUUAGGUACUUCGCAUAAUCAGUUCCAAAUGCACCGUGUCCUGAAGAACAAGGAAUUCUUGGACUUCAUUCAAAGAAAAGUAAUUUCAUGAAAUCUUUGGUUUUGUGUCUUUGAGCUUUAAUUUGGCUUCAUUCACUUCUUUGAUAUGUAGGAUUGAUAAAGACCACCACCAGCCCCUUAUGGACGGAAUCCUACCUGGACCUGAUUUUGUUUUUACCUUUUUGUGGGGGGUCAUCAUGAAAUCGGUUUUGGAGCUGGUCAGGCUGUGCAGGCACCAUUGGAGCAUGGAACCAACCCUGCAGAGUUAUUGUCAUUUUGCCAAUAUUUGGAUUCUAAUAUAUAGCUUCAUAUAUAUAUAUAUAUCGGCCUCUGCAGUGAAAAGUGUGGAUUGGACCUACUGGAAUGAACUGAAACUCCUGCCUCUGCAUUCUGUGUGAGUGUCGUUGGUCAGGGAGAUCGGGUAUCUGCUGAGGUAGAACCACUUACAGAAAAAAAUCAUUAUUAUUGUAACUAAUCAUAACUCAUUUAUCUGCAUAAUUAUUGGUUUUAUUUUCUGCUUUAAAGCUAUUUAUAUCGGUAAACUUUUACAUUAAGUGAUUAAAUUUGCAUACAUCGAUGCAUAAUUUGACUUAAUAAUUCCUUCCCUUGCAAACUGCUUGCAAGGGAACAUUGGCAUUGCUUGACAGUAAUGGGCUCAUACUUUGUAUGUCAUGUUUUAGCCUGAUUGUUGCCUGCUGUGAUAUAUCCAACUGAAGUGGGAAUGACCCCCAGCUAUGUAUUUCAAACAUGGUCAUUUUGAGGGUACAGCCACUUUAGUUACAAAUCUCACCAUCUGAUACUGGGCAUUUGUUUAUAUUAUAGGACAGACUGUCAGCUGCUUCAUCAUCUGGUUAUGCCUUGGUAACCUGACACAGCGCCUUCACUUUAAUCCAGUGUGUGUCCUCUUAUGAAUGUGAUAACAUCUGGGCAUCUGUUAAUCUAGUCUGUUUGUGUGUGGCCACAACACAAGUAAAAUCAUGGAUGUUUAUGAUACAAACUGAAUCCUCACAACCUUUCAUGGUGUUAUCAGCUGAUGUAGUACAGUUAAGAUUUAUCACACUUGUUCUGUACCUUUUUAAGUUAUGGUACUCCAAGUGCUUAUCCAUAUACUGUUUGAUAAGGGUUUCUGCUUUUACCAUGCGUUUGGACAGUGAGCUUUAGGUCCCCACUAUCAUCUGAAUUUUAUUUCCUGCCAGCUCCCACCUAAUCCUUCCAGCUAUUAUCAUAAAUCUAAGAGUGUAAUUAGUGAAUGUGACCAGAUUGGCAACAUCAGAUUGUUGCAGUUGCUUCUAAGCCCUUAGAAUUAAUCAGAGGACAGUGGAUUUCUGGCUGUUAAGUCACAAAGGAAUCAUAAUACGAUGGUCCUUUUUAUACAGUAAAUAACAACGCAUGGCUUGAAUUCUUCAAUCUUAUUUUAUUUGUGGUUAAGUUCAAAGGUCUUUUUUUCAGUUUUCAUUACUGUUUUGCCACAAUCAGAUGUCUUCAGUUACUUUAAAGGAAACUCGCAAGGUGCAUCAACUUUUGGCCUCUGUAAAGUGCAACUACAGUAACAUUGGUAAUAGUUGUAAACUAGUUCAUGCUUUACCUUGUGUCUUUGUUUAAAAUCUUCAUUUCUCGUCACAUUGUCACAAACAUGUUUCGUUUUCUGCUCCAUUUUAGUGUUUUUACUCUUUUAACCCUUUUUUUAAACUAAACCACUGAACAACACACCUCGGAUAAAAUUAGAUUGGUGAAAGGUCUGUGUGUAUUUUGAAAUGUAUGUGAGGCGACAUUUAAAAAAAAAUGUUGACAUGUAUUUUUAUCAGUUAAAAAAAAAUUACCAGUGUGGCCUUGUGUGAUUUAUCUCUCUUUUUAUCUGGUUGUUUUUCAGCUGCCAAAUGACUCGUUAUACUGGCAAAAUCUGAUUACAGUAAAGUUAAAUACCAGAUAAAAUUGAUCAAAGUUCAUUUGCUCUACUAAAGUAUGAUUGUCAACUUCAGUCAGAAGUUACCGACUGUGAGGGACUUUCAGUCAUUGGGGAGAGUUUGCCCUGUGUUUCAAAUGAUCAGCUAGCUUUCUUUAUACCUGAAAGGGUUGAUGCCGAUAUUUGUAUGUGACUGAGUGACUCUUAAAAUGGGACUGGCUUGGGUGUGUACAAUGAUCUGUUCUUAUUUUAUUAAAUGACUAGUUAAGUUCAUACAGUGUUAAGUCUCCCAAGUCAAAUGUUAUAAUGAUGAAGGGUUCCACUAUUGUGGGAUUUUUUUGCUUUUGUGUUUGGCUAAAUGAAUGCACAAUAUUGUAACUUUUCUAGUAUCUGUGGUCCUGAUUUAAAAAAAAGACAUUUUAUUUAACAUUCUUCCAAAAUCUAAAAAGUCUCAAAGCACUUGAGUGCAAAUGGUGUACUUUUAAAAACAAGUACUUUUGUAGUGUUAGGGUCAUGGCAGAGCAAGAUCCCACUAACAGCAAUAUAUUAAUGACCAGAAUAGCAAUGGUUUGCUUUUAAUUUAUAGUCAUUGGCCAGGACACCAAUUAACAAAAGAUCAAUGAAUAUCAUCCAACAUUUUAAACCAUAUUUCCAUUGGUGUUUGAAAAUGUUACUGACUGCUGAAUGGUUUGCUCACUGUUCUAUCCAUAAGGUGCUGGGGCAGGGCAGGCUUUCCAAUAAUUAAACUGUUUUGGUGCAGCUGCUGUUGAGUCAUAUAGCAUGGAAACAGGCCAUUCAGCCCAUCGAGUUUGCACCAACCAUCAAACACCCAUUCACACCAAAUCUAGAGCAGUCUCCACCAAUCACCUUCCUGCCUCUGUCACUAUCUCCACCCUUCCCUCCUCCACCUGGCUCUCUCUGCCCAUCAGCCCCUCCUCACUUAGAUCCACUUAGCCCUUGCCAGCUCCUCCCUCACCCCUCCCUCUCAGCUCUUUAUACUGGCUAUCUCCUCUUUACACUCCCUGAUGCAGGGUCUCGACUUGAAACAUCGACCAUCCCUUUGCCUCAAUGGCAGCACAGCAGCAUGGUAGCGUAGCGGUUAGCGUGACGCUAUUGCAGCGCCAGCGAUCAGGGUUCAAUUCCCACCACUGUCUAUAAGGAGUUUGUACGUUCUCUCUGUGUCUGUGUGGGUUUCUGUUGGCUGUUCCGGUUUCCUCCCACAUCCCAAAGAUGUGUGGGU